UAUUAUUAUUAUGUGUGAAUUAUGUGUAAAUUAUGUAAAUUAUGUGUGAAUUGGGAUAAUUAUUUUAAUUUAUGAGAGGAUUUGGGAGAGUAGUUCGCGUGUUUAAUUCAAGGAAGAUUCUGAGGUUAACUCGUGAACUAAAAAAGAUAUUACACACCAAUAAACAUUUGUUAAAUCAGUCAAAAAAUACAUUAGAUGAAAAAUUAAUUUAUUGUGGAAUAAAUAACAUAAAUAUAAUAACCAAUGGCUUGGGAACAAAGAAAUCAAUUUAUUCACCAAAUUCUUUAAAUGUUUUAUCAUUUUACUUGUCAAUCUCAGGAAUUGUGUAUCACAUAAAGGCGAGGAUUAAAUUAAAUGAGAAACCCUGUGAAUCUAAAACAUUUUACACACCUUCAAAAUCGUCACUAAUCCUUCUAUCAGCGUUGUCUGAUAAAAGUGUACAAAAAAUAGUCUACGAAAAUGGAAUUGAUGUAAUAUUUAACUUUUUUAAGUAUUUCGGUGUAGAUUUACAAAAUGUGUACGAUAUUAAACAUUUGCUACUGUUAUAUUCUGCCAUUGAGGAACAACAUUCAACACACGAUUACUCACAAUUAAUCAGAGCCAAUUUACACCAGAACAAAGGAACUCAAACUCUUAACUCUGAUGAUUCAAAUGAUAGUUUAAAGGGUUUAAAAGACGAUUUUAUACACAUUGGAGACCCUAACGGUGUAGAGGAAGAUUUACGAGUAAUCCAAAAGAUACCUUCUAUUUUAGUACCAUUUGGUAGAAUUCACGAUCUUAGAGCUUAUUUAGGCUCUAAAUACGGAAUUACUAAUGAAACAUUUACCCUGAGGAUGGAAACUUCAUACGGAGAAAUCAAGUCUAAUCCCCGGAUUUACUCGCCAGUUUACGAAAAUCUUAAUUCCGGUACUCUAAACCCGAAAAUUCUAAAAGAAAAACUCCUCUCAAGUCUUCUCAAUGGAAAUAUCCAAUUGAGAUUACUCACAAAGUCAGCAGAUUUCAGUGGCAUAAUACUGUACCACUUUGAGGGGAACAUAAUCUUGAAUAUAAACUCGUUCUAUGUUAACGAGGGCGUGAUAUUCCCCCUGUACGGCUUGGUAACUGAGGACAAUAUCAAAUAUUUCAGUGACAAGAAAAUCGGUGACACUGUCCACUGCUCACACAUAGAUUUGGAGAAUUUAAGUGUUAAAUUUACUAAUGAGCGGGCGUGUAUAGAGUUGAAAAGAUAUAACCAGGAAUCACUAGUCUACAGCCUAAAAAGUAAAAAAUACGUACAAUUUAACCAAAUUCACUUUUAACACAUAAUUAAACACUUGUGUAUGGCACACUUAGUCUAUUUACUCAUCAUCGAGGAGCUCGUCGGAGCUCCAACUCCAGCCUUCAUCUUGAUUAUUUGACCCAGGAAACAUUUCACUACCUAAACAAGUCAUACAAUUUGUUAAUCUAAUGAAUAAAACUCACUGUUAGAAUCAAUGUGUGAAUCGAUGUGUGAGUCUGAGCCUGGGGAAAUGAGUCCGAAGAUGCUUCCGAUGACUCUCUGGGCUAGAGAAAUGCCAAUACCGUAGCCGAACCCUUCCCGUAUCAUUUUCACGAAUCCAGGCGAUUCAGGCCUUUGAAGAUUCUGUGACUUCAGCAGUUGCAAUUCUCUAAUUUUAGCGUCAAUUUCGUCAUUUGUUAAGGUUCCAGUGAUGGACUUAGUUUUUCUGGAAGAACGGGAAAAAUGCCUGGAACCAGCCAAAUCACUAAAACAUUUAAUUCUACCAAAUUUACACAAACUCAUAAUUUAACCCUCAACUCACAUUUAAACAUAUUUUUAACAAAUUAUAUAUCAAUAUAAAUUUAUAUU